GAGUGAAGCAAAGGCAAUAAGAAGACAAAUAUUAAAAAGCAAGUGUACAAUAUUAAAGUGAUGUACCUUUUGGGUGGUUGUGGAUUUAGUCUUGUUUUGGCAGUGAAGUUUGGUAUAGUUGUUUUAACCUCAUUUGUUGAGUUUGGUAAAGAAAUUAUGCAUGUGGUCACUAUAUGGUAAACAAUCAUUUCUUUUGUGAACAAAGAAAAAUGCAUGGGAUUGAGAAGAUGAAAGCUGCAAGAGAAAUUCUCAAGUGUAACAUAGAGAAAUCAAGAGAAUUAGGUGUAGAAAUUGGUGAUAGUGGCUGCAGAUUGGAGAGUUGUGGGCAGAGGCUGAAUUUCUUAGCAGAUGCCCUUAGAACUAUAGCAUGUAAAUGUACAUUAUACAAGAUGAUUGGUCGUGAUAUUGAUGGCGCUAUUGCUCCUGCUGCAUCUCUUGCUAAGAUAUUUGAUGUCAUUUGUGGACUUGAAAAAACUCUUUCCACUGACCCUUCUGAUGAUAUCUCUGCUUAUCUCACUACACUCAAAUGGAUGGAAGAAGCACUCCGCCUUCUCACCCAUAACUGCAAAUUAGUCAUUUCUUGGCUUGAAAACAGUAACUGCAAUUCUUCAUCAGUUGCUGAUAGUUGGUAUGUUAUGAAUGUGAACAAGUGUUUGAAUAUACUUAGAGAAUUGCAGGCUACAGAGGAACGUUCUCGUGCCAAAGAUGGAGCGUUGAUGGUCGCACUAGACAAGCUGGAAAAUGAAUUGGCAUCCUCGUUAACAUACAUAGCCCCACUGUCUUUGCCUCUGCCUAAUGUUAUUCAAUAUGUGCAACCCAUUAUUGAUAGAUUGGACGCGAACCAUAGAUUUGACAAAUGUAUGUCUAUUUAUAUUGAGGUUCGGAGUUCAAAUGUGAGAAAUACAUUAGAAAAGCUGGAUUUGGACUACCUGGAGGAGAUAUCAUUGACAGAGUUUGACAGUGUUUUGACUGUAGAGUCUCAUAUUGACCUAUGGCGCGAGCACUUGGAAUUCGCAGUGAAGGAUUUGUUAGACAUAGAACACAGGCUUUGCAAUGAAAUAUUCCAGAAAUCAGCAUCUAAAGAUAGUAGCUGUACCUGUACGGACUGCUUCGCGAAAAUUGCAGUCCGAUCUCGGAUUCAUUCUUUCAUCAAAUUUGGCAACACAAUUACCAGAGGGAAGAAAGAAGCAGUUAAGCUGUUGAAGUUAUUGGACAUGUUUGCUGCUCUAAACAAACUACGCUCCGAUUUCAACAGACUUUUCAGUGGAAGAGCCUGUGGUGAAAUCCAGAACCAAACAAGGGAUCUGAUCAAGAAAGUUGUAAAUGGGGCUUGUGAAAUUUUCUGGCAACUUUCUCUCCAAGUGGAGCUGCAGAGGACAAUCAGUCCUCCGGCGAAUGGUAGUGUUCCGAGGCUGGUUAACUUUGUCACUGAGUAUUGUAAUCAGCUUCUUGAGGAUGAACAUUGGUCCACACUUAUCCAAGUUGUGGAGAUACAUCAAGGUUGGAACCACGAGAGCUUCGAUAAGGGGCUUCUUCUAAAUGAGAUGCGAAAAAUAAUAAUGGUAAUUGAGCUCAAUUUAGAGAGUUGGGCAAAGACAUACACGGACGACACUCUCUCCUAUCUCUUCUUGAUGAAUAACCAUUGGUACUUGUGCAAGUACACGAAAGGAACAAAACUUGGCGAGCUGAUGGGACACGAAUGGAUUAGAGGUCACGAGGAAUAUAUGGAGUAUUACGAGACACUAUAUUUGAAAGAGAGCUGGGGAAAACUCCCGGCCCUUCUAAGCGAGGAAGGUCUAGUGUUGUUCCCGGGAGGGAGAGCCAUUGAUCGUCAAGUGGUUAAGAAGAGAUUCAAGGAAUUCACAGAGGCUUUCGACGAUAUUUACAAGAGGCAUUCCAAUAGGGAAUUGUGUGACAAGGGGCUAAGAUGGCGAGUACGCCAACUCGUAUUGCAGGUUGUUGUCCCUUGGUACAAAAGCUACCUAGCAAAAUACAUGCCCUCUAUAGAAUUUGAGGUUGCUAGUAGUGGUGAUCAGCACAUAAAAUACACAGCUGAGACCUUGGGAAAUAUGAUCAGCAGUCUAUUUGAACCAAAAGUUGGAAAGUAUGGGAGUACUACCAAAUGCACAGAAUUAAGUGGCAAGCUUACUAAUAGCAUUGUUGCUAAUCACCUUUCCUCCACACCAGCAGCAGCAUGAAUUAGGAUUUAGGAAGCUUGUCAACUACUAAUACAAGAAAGGUGAUGAUCAGUUCGUCGUUAACUCCUCGUACAGAAACUGAUUUGUUUUCCAACCUUAGUCCUGAACAACUAGGUUGUAAUUUGUAGUAUAUGCAUACACCUCAUGAUCUUUGAUUAUACUUCUCUGGCAAAAUGCUAAACAAGCUACAUCUAAGAAAAUCUUUCAUUAGUCGUGGUAUGUAAUGUAAAUAAGAUGCUGAAUCAUAAUGCUAUCUUUUAGCACCUCAAUUACAUGUGUGUUUUCUGUCUUACACAUUCAGAAAUCUGAUUACUAAUUCGGCAACCGCUUGCGAUUCAUAUAUCUUAGGCUAUAUAUAGUCUAAUUGGACGAUAAAGGGCAGCCCCAUGCACUAAGCUCCCGCUAUGCGCGGGGUCGGGAGAAGGGCCGGACCAUAAGGGUCUAUUGUACGCAGCUUUACCUUGCAUUUCUGCAAUAUGCUGUUUCCACCGCUCGACCACGUGACUUUCUGGUCACAUGACAACAACUUUAUCAGUGAAGACUCCAUCUCUAAUGGGACGAUGUUUGAUACAAUAAC